GAGAGAGAGAGAGUCCGUGAUGAACGGGGAGUUGCAGGAGGUGAGAUCAAGGGCAAACGAGCUCCUGUUGAGGGGAGAAUGGAAAGAUUGCAUCGAUGCUUACUCGCAGUUGACUGUUCUCUUGGAACACCAAGAGCCUUGCGAUGACGGAGCGUCAAAGAAGGCGCUCUGCUUGGCCUUCUCCAACAGAGCCGAAGCUCGCUUCCGUCUCAGGGACUUCUGCGCUUCGAUACAGGACUGCGGCAGAGCGCUGCAGAUCGACCCCAACCAUUUGAAGUCCAUCGUCUGCAUGGGAAAGGCACUGCUAGAGAUUGACCAGUAUUCGAAAGCCUCCAAGUGUUUCGAAAGGGCGGUGGCCCUUCAGCCUCAUGGCCACAGGGGCGACUCAGUCGGUUGCCUUCUCCGUCGAAGCAGAAAGCUUGAUGCUCAGUCAAGGACCGGCCGUUUUGACCUGACGGACUGGAUACUGAAUGGAUUUGACGGGCCUUCGCCGGACCUGGCAGGGUACAUCGAAGGCCCAGUCGAGAUCAGGCGGUCUGACAUUAGCGGCCGGGGACUGUUUGUGACGAAGAACGUCAGUGCUGGAACUCUGCUGUUUGUAUCAAAGGCGGUCGCGGUCGGCAGGGCGAUCUUACCGGGAUCGACCGACGACGGCCUCACAGGUGAACAGGGUAACAGAUUGGUUGUGUGGAAAGACUUCGUGGACCAAGUACGUGAUGCUGCAUUGAGAUCGGAGAAGACCCUGAAGCAGCUCUACACACUGCCGACGGGGGACGAAGAUGAAGGAAGCCAUGAUCUUGGGAUCCCCAACAUGGACAUUUUUCGUCCUGAUGUAGAAGAAACGACGAUUGGCGAGGUCAAACUCGACAUGGGCAGGAUCCUGAAGAUUUUAGACGCAAAUGCUCUUACAGAAAAUCCAGUCCUGGGGAAGAAAUCUGUUAACGGAGAAGAGGAAGUCUGUGGAGUAGGGCUUUGGAUCUUGGCUUCCUUCAUCAAUCAUUCCUGCAACCCAAAUGCUAGACGGCUGCACGUUGGUGACCGGAUCCUCGUUCACUCUUCCAAGGACUUGAGAAAAGGAGAGGAGAUAACUUUCAGCUAUUUCGACACCUUCUUACCGCUGAAGAAGAGGCAGGAGCUGGGCAAGAACUGGGGUUUCCUGUGCAAGUGCGAGAGGUGCAAAGUUGAGGAAAUUCACAGGCAGGACUUGGAGGCGAUUGAGAAGGAAAUGGAAUGCGCGUCGGAUUUGACCGACAUGGUGGUCAGGCUGGAGGACGAGGUGUUGAGGAAGAAGGUGAAGGGCACAAGGGAGAAGGCAUUCGUUAGAGUUUCCUAUUGGGAGGCCUACUGCAGAGUUCUUCGGUCCGGCAGGGUCGUCAAGAGAUGGGGAAGGCGAAUCCCAGAAGCAGGUUCUUUGAUAGAUGCAGCAGAGGCGGUGGUUGGUGGAGAUGACCGGGUGCUAGCGGCGGCGUAUGAGUUCAAGGAUGUCAAUGGCAGCUAUGGUCGUCUGAUCGUGGACGACAUGUCAAGGGUGUCGAAGAUUGGCAGAGCCAUAUAUGGAAAGCACAUGAAGAAACAGGCCAUCAGAGCUCUCCUGCAGAAAUACUACUGAUUUCCCAUGAUUGAGUCAGCAAACGCGCUGAAACCUCUGAUCUUUGGAAGAAAUAACAUGCUUCAAUAGCCCCUCUCAAACAAAUCGAUUGAAAAACAAUAAAUGGUAGGGAUGAACUCCUUUUCCCUAUCCCGUUCCCGCAGGUUCUUCUCUUCCCCAUCUCCUUCAGCUUGUUCUAUUUGAAAUCAUUCGCUCUAAUUAGAGUGAACGAUUUAGCUUGCAGAGAGCAAUCUCGUUCAAGCGCAUAGGACAUACCUAUUUAAAUCUGUUGUUCCACGGAACUGAAACACGAAGAGAGCAUCCUCCUCUCACAUUUGUUUCGAGAUUUGAUAGCUUCAGUAGUCCAGUUGUUCAUGCUAUUUGGUUUGAUCAAGCAUUACGAGAUCCACUCACAUUUA